AUGUUGUGCUUGCUUUUAAUGCCAAUCCGUUGUUCUGCGGAAAGUUCGCAGGGGCGGAUUAAGUAAGAUUCACAUAUACACCAAGUUUUUUCAUUAUUUGACACUACACCUGGUGUACUUACACAUCUAUUUAUUUGGUUAAUUCUAUUACCAUGCCAAAAAACCCUAUGUUGUACGCCGUUGUCCCUCAGAAAGAGGUCCUUUGACUCCGCCAACCAUGAGCACCGUCGGCAUACGCCGGUCGUAAUACGUAAAGUUUUGAAAAAGUCAUAAAUGCAAUGUUAAAAGAUGUAUGGGGCGCCGGUGGAUUUAUCCUUUAAACAACUCAGUAGUUUGGCAGAUACUUGGAUGGUAGAACCCACAAGAGGCCAGCGUCCUCUGAAGAGAAAUGCAAAGAUGAAGUAUGAAUCCCACUCCUUGCGUCUUAGUAACAACAACAUCGUUGACCUCAUCGACCUCCAGAAGACUGUUGACCAAUUCCUGGCUGAGCCAUUUCAGUUAGCUUGGCUGGACCUAUCAUUCAACAAAAUCACACACAUCGACCCUGUGUUGUGUGAGCUGCGUGAGCUCCGGGUGUUGUAUCUUCACGGUAAUAACAUUUUUACUCUGUCCGAAGUGAACAGACUGGGAGCUCUGCCUCAUCUACACAGCCUCACUCUACAUGGAAAUGACAUAGAAGCCAACAAAUCAUACAGGAAUUGUGUUAUUUCUGCUCUGCCUAACCUGAAAACAAUGGACUUCAGUGCUGUAACGAAGCAGGAGAGAGAGAUGGCGCAGAUCUGGCAUUGCAGCAACAGCCGCAGGAGAAAACAAUGACCCGCCUUUAUGCAACACAGCGGAAACAAAAACAACACAAGUUCAGCAGAGGUGCAACAUCCUUUCACAACCACUACUGCAACAGCUUGCCCACAGACCUGUACUGCCGAGCCUUGUCCAUGUACUCAUGCUGCUCCAUCAUGACCGAGUCAGCUGCUGACACGUCUAUAAUAUUCCUGGAAGAGAAUGA